CGAAAACGACCGGUUGUUUUAAACGUUAACGUAGAGCUUUGGCCAACGGUUGCGUUUUAGUCCUGUUAUUGGGGAAACGAUCAGCACGACAAGCUGUUGAAGUUGAGAAGUGAUUAUGGCGGACACCGAGGAUACUCCUGGGCGCUACGACUUUGACGCCCCGUCCUAUGUUGUAGACUUCAAGGAGCUAGAAACCGACGAUAAGUGGUUUGAAAAACGUGUUGAGGGAGCAGAUCCUCACCUCAUCACUCCUGCAAGACCAGACCAGCUGUCAAUACAGGCAGAUAUAUCUGGAGCUUAUGGGAAUCAAGUUGAAAGGGAUGUGGAAUCUGGUCAAAGUCAAGCCAAAGAUCUCCCAUCAAACAUCGUCACAUCCUGGGCUGACAAGCCUCAGAAACUGGUCCUGCCAAAGAGAAGGGCUGUCAAUAAACAGUCUGCAAAACCUUGCAGGGUUUCAAAACGUAAAGAGACGACCAGUGGUUCAGCUGCUCCCCCGUUAAAGAAGGCAAAAAAGAACCCAGUCGCUCUAAAUUCCAGACCCAGUUUUCACAGGAGUGAGAAGCAGAGUUCAAAGAUGACACAGAAGGCCCCUGAAGCCAUUUCCUCUACACUUACAGAGCUGAGCACCUCUGAAGAACUGGAGUUGGAACGCAUCAGAAGCCUCCAGAGGGAAGUGUGUCUGCAGCUCAAGAGAAACGAGGCCAGCUACAAAGCUGCUCUGGCUGACAAGCCACCACCAAAGAAAUUGGCUCCCUCGGUAACCGUGCCUAAAGAGUUUCACUUCAACACUGACUCCCGCCUUAAAGCAGCAAUUUCAUCGAACUCUUCGCAGAAGGAGGUGGACUUCAUACAUCAGCUACGACGGCCCUCCUCCCCUGCAAAGGCAAGGAAAGGAGCCACGGUGCCCAAACCCUUUAACCUAUCUGUAGGCCACAAGAAUGUGAAGGAGGAGCCUGGAAGUUACAUUCCUAUGGCCCAGCAGAUAGUGCAAUUCCAGAAGAGGACCCCUACCCGAUACCACUUGCGCAGCCGCAGAACUCAAGACAGAGGGCCAUCUCCGCUCAAGGGUCACCACCUGCAUCUCACACAACCACACUCCCCCCAGCUGAUGACCCGUCAGAGAAGCCGUCCAACAUCUGUGAAGAGCAGCGCAGAGCUGGAGGCAGAAGAGCUGGAAAAACUUCAGAAGUUUAAAAUCAAAGCUCUAGAACUGAACAAGAAGAUUCUAAAAUGUCCAGAGGAGCUGAAGAAGCCAGCGGUGAAGGAGCCCACUGUACCUGAAGGGUUUGAGUUGGAGAUUGAGAAGCGGCUCCAGGAGAGGCAGGUUAACAAGAAGCCACAGGACCAUGAGAAGUGCUACAGUUUUAAAGCAAAGCCUCUGCCAAAAAAGGUCCUGGAUAGUGUUGUGGGCUUACCUGAGAGGAAGGUAGCAUAUCCAACAGUACCAGAAUCUCCAGCAUUUGCCUUGAAGAAGAGAGUUCGUACAGAGCGCAAGGUUGAUGAAGUAAAGCUACCCUCACCGGUCAAAGCUGUCCCGGUUCCCCACUUUGGUGUUCCAUUCCAGCCUCAACUUCCAGAAAGCCACAAUGUGGAGGUGUGUCCGUUCUCAUUUGAACAACGGGAUAAAGAAAGGCAUGCUCUAAAGGAGAAGAGGCUGGCAGACUGGCAAAAUGAAGAGGUGCCACAGUUCAAGGCGCAGCCACUUCCAGACUUCAACACAGUGGUCCUCCCUGAGAAGAAGAGGCUAGAACCCACCAAGCCUGAGCCCUUCAGACUCCAAAUCGAUGAGCGGGGGGCUGCAAAGCACAGGCAGUGGGAGCAGAUGGUGAAAGAGGAGCAGAAACAACAGGAGGAGGCAGCUAUAUUUAAAGCCAGGCCCAACACGGUCACUCACAAAGAACCUUUUCGACCUAAAAAAGAGAACCGUACAGCUCUGGACAUUAAUUCUUCUACAGUGGUGGAGCCAUUUGCCUUGGCUACAGAGCGCAGAGCCCAAGAAUGGCAGGAGUAUGAGCGUCAGAUUGCAGAAAAGGAGGCACUGAGGGCACGGAUGGAGGCGGAGCAGAGACUGGAUGAGGAGAAGAAGGAGAGGGAGGAGAUCGCCAGGCUGCGGCAAGAGCAGGUCCACAAGGCUCAGCCCAUCAGACACUACAAACCUGUUGCCGUGAAGAAGAGCGAGAUUCCUCUCACAGUCCCAGAGUCACCAAACUUCUCCAAACGUUUCCGCUAAUGAGUCUCUUGCAUGUUGAGAUUUUUUUUUUUUUUGUUCAAUUCCUAACUCUUAUAGUAAAGUGACUCAAUACUGCCUUUUUAAAUAUAGUUCAGGCUGAUUUCUGCCAACUUGAGUUGGUGCUUUAAUUUCAGUUUCAGUCAAAAAUUUGUACUUUUUUUGUUUUGUUUUUGUUUUGUUUUUUUGGCUGGGUAUACAAACUUUCAUUUGUAGGAACUUUCCAGAUUAAAUUUUGUUUUUGAAAUUA